CCCGGGAGGUUUGACCGAUCUAUGGCGCGUAUUUAUCCCAGUCUCGAAUAUUGACGCCUGGAUCGGUCAAAUAUUCAACUCUUCCACUUCACCAAAGACGCAGGACGGUCUUCCACAGGCUUGUUCUGUAGCUCCAGGGGUACUUCCGGCAAAGACGACAUUCCCCCCCCCCCAGGGGAGGCGUGUGCUUCCGGGUUGUCGCCUCAAGACGGGGGUCUUGAUAUGUGAGGUCGGAGUCGCGCCGAAAGAGCCAUGUCGGAUUCGGAGGAUUUUUCGUCGGGGGAAGACGAGGAUUACCUGCCCUCAGGGGAAGAAUACAGUGAAGAUGAUGUCAGCGAGCUGGUCAAGGAAGAGGAAGUGGAGGAGCCGAAGCAGCAGCCAGACUGGAAGAAAUGCAAAAAGGACACUAAAGGAAUCGCACCUCGGAAAAGAAAGAAACAACACGGGCUUUUCUUAGAUGUGGGGGAAGGAGAAUCUUCGAAAGACAACAAAAGCGACCAGGAGGACAGCGAACUGGGCGAAAGUCACAACACACACAUAAACGAAAACGAGGAAAGGAAAAAGGAGGAGGCGUUGUGGGCCAGCUUUCUCAGUGAUGUUGGCCAGAAGCCCAAAGCUGUUUCCGCAGAGCAAACUCCCCACAACCAGAAACACACGUCAGCCGAUGAGAAGAAUGUGUGCGAGUCUCAGGGGGAACUGAAGGAAACCGAGAGCAGCAAAAUCACCGUCACCAAAGUGUUUGAUUUUGCUGGCGAAGAGGUGAGAGUCACCAAGGAAGUCGACGCCGCUUCGAAGGAAGCCCAGCUGUUUCGGAAACAGCAGGAGCCGAAAGCGUCAACCCAGACACCUCAUCCAACUGUUUCAGGAGUGAAGCGGCCUAGCAGUAUUAACAGCCUUCUGGGGAAGAUGGGCUCCAAAAAGCAGAAAAUGAGCACGCUGGAGAAGUCCAAGCUUGAUUGGGAGAACUUCAAAGAAGAAGAAGGCAUCGGCGAUGAGCUGGCCAUCCACAACAGAGGGAAAGAUGGGUACCUGGAGAGACGAGCCUUCCUGGAAAGAGUGGACUACCGUCAGUUCGAGCACGAGCGAGAUAUCCGCCUGAGCAACAUGAAACCCUGAAGCGGUCGGGCUGAGACCAACUCCUCCAAACCCAGCCGUCCCCAGCGUGGCCUCUCCGGGGGCCUUUCUCUCCCACUGCAGUAGUCGAUAGGUGACCUGAGGUCCCGGGCAGCUCCGGGCAGCAGGCGGUUUAACUCGGGCAUGUUCCCGUUGCCCGUUUCUCGGCGGGUGCGGGGGGGGGAGGGGCUGCAAGGCCGCUUCCCAAGCUGUCCACGUUUUUGGGUGGUUUGGAAGAACGCGGCAAGUCUCGGAUUGUGGAGUUGCUGCCAUUCCCCCCCCCCUCCCCUCCUGCUUUGUGCAUGACACCAGCCCUCGGGAUCCCCACGUUGCUGGCACCAGUGGCCUCCUUGUGCCACUGAAAAGCUCCCCACGCACAACACACACACACACACACACACACACCCCGCAGUCCUGCAUUGGACCAGUCUUGGGUUCUGGGGAAUAAGGUAGCCAUACUCGCCCCUCCCCCCCCCAGCCUGCUUUCCUAAGAAACUUUCCCAUUCAGGCUCUUCUUUUUUUUUUCUUCUAAUGCCUUUUUCCCCCCCAAGUUUUUUGUGUUUUUAAAGCAGCCCCUCUGGGCACUCAUACCCUGCAGAAAACUCGUAAGAGCAGCAGCCCUAUGUGUGAGGGAGGGAGGGAGGCCAGCCUCUCCUUCCUUCCCUUGAAUAAAGGGGUUAAAUCAGUCCUGGCCAGUCUUUCUUCCCCUCUUGGCCAAGGAGGUGAGCCAGAGCACAGGGGGGCUCCGUUUCCCCCCCACCCCUCAAAAGGCCCCUUGCAAGCUCUUUCCCUGCGUCCCGAUCUCGUCCCAUCCUGGCACGGACAGCGUUGAAAGCCGUCAUAAGGUAGUCUUCGAUUUAUGGCCUGUGCAUGAGCCCCAAAAUUCCCACGGCUAAGCAAAGACACUGACCAUUGAGGAUGUGUCCUGACCCAAACCUUGGUCCAAGGAAACAAACACGAAACAGAGGUAACAGCAAAACCUUUUAAUGAUUCUUUACGAAUUCCGUUCCUUCCCGGUUAAAAGGC